UAAUAUACUUACAGUGUCUGUGUGUGCGUGGUCAACGGUCAACAGGUCACCCCGUUUAACAGCGAGCGGAACAAGGUGGGGGGAACACGGCUGGCAGGCAAAUAGCGCGUGUGAUGCCGGAAAUAGGUAGUAGCUUGGGGAGAGCUGGAUACCGGUCAAGUCCGCGCGAGGGAGAGAGAGGAGCAGUGAGAGAAAGAAGAGGAAGAGGAAGAUGAAGAGAGAGAGAGAUGAUCUAAAGCAAUUCAGUCACGUCCCCUCGUCGCAAAGCCGCAUUCGUCUUCUCUACACACUCUUGACCUUCGACCACCAUACUACAGAGGUAGUCAUCCACGGCAAUGAUACCAACACCUUUUUCUCUUUCUUUAUUUCAGUUUCCACAAUUUCCAUGAUCUUGAUAUCCAUUUCUUUCCCCUUUUUCAUCGGUUCAUGUUGCCCCCUGCCUCCGUCAUGUCACCAGAUACCCAAACCAACAAAUCCAUUCUGCCAGACUUUCAUUGACUACGGCACCUCCUUUCUCUUUUCUCUUUUCAAUACUUUUUUUCUUCUUCUACGCUUGCAUAUCCAUCAGUUCAACGUACUUACUCUUGUACCCUUGCAUCGCUGCACACUGCCAUCAUACGCGCCAAUUGAUGCAUACCGGGUUCUCGUACAUCCCUCUCGGCCAUCAUCUGCAGUCCCAGAGGAACAAGGAAGGAAGUCACGCGCGCUUCCUUUUCAGCCCCCGCUUCCGUUGCUGACAUGUCUUAUUCGCUGCUCGUCCCGAUUCCGACAACUCUAUUCUAUCCUUUUUUUUUCUCUCUUCACAACAACUUAUCCUCGCCCCCCGUCGUUCACAGCACAAAAGGCCAUUGAUCGAGCAAGAGUGAUUUUUUUUUUCAUCUUGCCAAACGUUGACCAUCGAAGCCCACCGAAUCACAGUGUUGAUUUGACAAUUCUGAUUCAUUCUUUGUUUGUUCAUUACUCAAAAGUCUUACACGUCUUUCGACUACUGUUCGCGUACCAAGCCGCCAGAGACCCGCAAAGCCAUGGCGCCAAGCCCAUCGUUCCGCGACGCCUUGGAACCUGGCGACGAAUCGUCCCUCGCUCCAGCCCACCGCUUCACAAGAAAAACAUGUUGCGCUGGUGA